AUGGCCACUACAAGUUUUUUAAUAGAUUCUCUUUCGAAUGGCAGCGGUGCUCGUUUAGCUUUAGGCUCCACUAUUCUCGUAUAUUUGUUAGCCUACAAUGAGACAACCGCACCGGUUGUAGUGAUGGCUUCUGUCCUGGCCACUAUAUACGCUGCUUUAGCAGGUCGUUGCAAAACUAGCUUAAAAGCUCUGCAAAUACCUUAUAUACGAGCCAGUAAUAAAUUUGAUUUUGGCUGCUUGUUCUUGGGUACUUGGAUGGAUACUUUAGCUGUGUUAUGCGCCUCUGGGAUUUUAGCACGUACGCUGAGUAUGUGCUUAGAUGCUAUGACAGGUGGUUUGGCGCGAAUAAUGAUUUUAGGCCGCAAUUCACCAGCCAACGAACCAUGGCCGGAUGCUAUUGCCGUUGUUGUAGUUUUUCUUGUCACGGGCAUGUUUAUGCUUGGUUUAGAGCAUUCAAAAGCUUUUAGUUUGAUUAUGACAUUAGCAAUGUUUGGCCUAAAUGCCAUUUUAAGUGCGGUUAGCUGGUGGGAUGGUAAUGCAAUUUCUUGGCAUGAAACUUUAUUGCAACCCAAUGGCAUCCAUAGCCUUCUUACCGCGAUAGCACUGCUGACAUUUUCCUUCCCCAGUGACUAUCCCAUGCAACGUAUUGGUUGGCAACGUUUUACAGGAUUUUUUUUAAUCACUUUAGUGACAAUAUCUUUACUUUUGGCUUCAGGUUGCUUAACCACAAUUCUUCGCUACAGAGAGAUUGAGAAUUAUGUGGCUGUGCCUUUAUUUAAUAUAUUAGAUGAAAAUAAUUUUCAUAAGUUAGUGCCUGCUGCUGCAUGUCUUCUAAUGUUAACCACAGCUGGAGCAUUUUUAGAAUUAUUUCCCGAAUUAUACGGUAUUAUAGUGAAAUUUGCUACCUCAGAGUGGAGAAUAUUAUCGAAACAGAUAUCUUAUGAGUCUACAGAUAGUGGAAAUCCAGUAUUAGCAGUAUUUAUAGGAGGCAGUCUUUGUGCCAUGCUAGCUUUUGCUUGCCCUCUACAAAAUCUUAGUCAUACAUUGGCAGCCAGUCACUUGUCCGCCAUAUUAUUUCGUUCCUUUUAUUUACUAUAUGCGCCAUUUCGUCCAAAAUUUAUACAACAAAAUAAUUCCGAGUCUUCGUUAUCUUAUAGUCGUUUAACUACCGUUCCUUUGGUAACAAGUGCUUCUUCUUCACGCUUAAAACGCAGCCUUUGGAAUUUGAAUAUAACGAAACAAGCGACAAAUAAAAAACCAAAAGCGAAACCCAGAAACAAACAGGAAGUCGAAAAAGAAUGGCUUCUAUUAGGUGAACCAACUUCGCCUUGCCCGCAAAGGGAAACCAAAGAUGUGGAGUCGACUAUACUAUCAGAUGGAGAACCACCAGCUUCUGAUUUUGAAUAUCCGGAUAAAUUUGAAAAUUCCGAUACCGACACUUCCACAGACAUAGAUGCCAUAGUCGACGAAUAUCGACAAAAAGUUAAAGUUACUACAGCCGGUGCUUUGGACCGUAAUUCACGUAUGCCAACUAUAGCCUCUUGGCGCGUUACCAUGUUUGCCAUAGUGGUAAUAUUUUUAGGCGUCGCCUUGACCUUGGCCGGAAUAUUCAUGCACUGGGCUCCGGCAGCUCUGACAGGUGCCAUAGGCGUUUUUAUAAUCAGUUUAAUGAUGUGUUUAAUACCUAAGCACACCGGCAAUGUCGUUAAUGUUAGCCCGAUAUUAAGUUGCUCAGUUAUUUUUUUGGGCAUAAUACUGUUUGCUUCGUGCGCUUCAUAUUCUUGGCCUGCCGUAGUAUUUUGGCUAAUCUCGGGUCUUAUAUUACUAAUCAGAUGUGAUAACAUAUGCUGUUCUUGCCUUAAUCAAACGUCCAUUGUUAAUGAACAAUUAAUACCUAGCGUAUCGGCUAAAACUGGUAUUACAACAACAACUAUACGUAUACCAAGGCCACCUAAGGGUAUUGUAACAAUACCGCAUCGCGUUAACGGCAAUAGAUGACAAUCAGAGUCCUCAGAGGGCGAAAAUUUGUUCAAUGAGGACUUUAAUCUAAAGGAUUUCGAUGAUGAUGAUGAUGACGAAGAUGGUUGGACUGAGUAAUAAGAGUUUAAGGUAUAGAAAUGAUGAUGAUGAUGAUGAAUGUGAAAAUGAAAACAACGAAAUAAAAGAACAAAA